CAAGAUCUUAGAGCAAAGGCUUCAAAGAUUCAAUCAGUGAUAUCAUUGAAGCAAGAGUUGGUACAAUGUUUGAUCGCGACUGAUCAGGGCGAUCAUACACGUGCUCAAGAUAUUUGGAACCAACUUAGAGAGUCGUCAUUCAAGCUCUCACCAACCAACUCGACAUCGAUCGCAACCACCAACAACACAACGGCGGUGACCGACCACUCGGCGGCCGCCUCGCCCCACUCUCCAUCGUCUCGCAUCGAGGACAGCCAGACCAGCUCGGUGACGAGCGCCGUCGAGAGCAUGUCGCUCAAGGAGGAGGAGAAGGAGAUCACCAAGUGGGAGAUCGACAAAUCCGAGAUCAUAUACAACCGCGACUCCAAGAUCGGCUCGGGCGCCUUUGGCUCCGUGUUCAAGGGCACGGUGCGCGGCAAGGAGGUCGCCAUCAAGAAGCUCACACAACAGUUCUACGACGAGACCGUGCUGAACGAGUUCCGCAAGGAGGUCUGUCUGAUGACCAAGCUGAGAAACCCGCAUCUGCUCCUGUUCAUGGGCGCCUGCACCACCCCAGGCAACCUCUCGAUCGUCACAGAGCUUAUGCCCAAGGGCUCGCUGCACUCGCUUCUCCGUGUCAAGGAGGAUUCGCCAGACUUUAUCGACUUUAAGCGUGCCAUAUUGGUGGCACGUGACACUGCCCUUGGCAUGAACUGGCUACAUCUCUCCAACCCACCCAUCCUCCAUCUUGAUCUCAAGCCAGCCAACCUCCUCGUUGACAACAACUGGGUAGUAAAGGUGGCUGACUUUGGUCUGAGCAAGAUCUUGCUCGAGAGCAAGUCAAGUGGACAAGCUGGUUCACCUCUAUACAUGUCUCCAGAAAUGUUGUUAAACAGAGAGUAUGAUGAGAAGAGUGAUGUAUACUCAUUCUCUAUGCUGUUGUGGGAGUUGCUGACAAAGCUGGAGCCUUACAAUGGAUUCUAUAAGAAUUAUAACGACUUGGUGGAUGGCGUCACCAACAAGAAGAAUAGACCGGCGAUGAACGAUAACUGGGGUCCUCGUCUGAAGGACCUCUUGAUCCGUUGUUGGGAUCACUUGCCCAGCCGCCGCCCAAGCUUCGAGGACAUCACCAGACAGAGACUGUUGGAUCACAUCCUUAUCGAGGGUCUGAUCAACGAUCCCAACGCCCGCCAGUUCUGGUCGCACAACUUCCUGGGCCGCGAGGAGGUCUCUUGGAACCAGUUCUACUCGUGCUUCUGCUCGACCUUUGGCGUGGACAUGAAGGCGAACAACCAGGACAGUCUCAAGAUCAAGUGUCUCAAGCUGCUGCUGGUGGACAUUGAGUCGGAAACAGUGCGCAUUGAGGACUUUGGACGCUUCUUGGGUUGGUUCGGACCUCUCAACUCGGGCAACGACGUGUUGGAGCGCGUGCUCUCGGUGUGCUCGCUCAAGGGCUUCCUGGGCGAGACGUCGUCCAAGAACGUCAUUCAGUUCCUGGCCAAUAAGAAGACUGGCACAUACAUUGUACGUUUCAGCAGCACCGAUCCAGGCUGCUACGCACUCUCCUAUGUAUCAAAGAACAAGGAUAUUGCCCAUGCCAAGAUCGUCCACAAGCACGGACAGGGCUACAUCCACAUGGGUGGCACCACACACUACCCAUCGCUCGAUGAGCUGAUCAAGAACACUGGCAAGCUCCUCGGUCUGAAGGACCCAUUCGAGGGCGGUCAAUUCUAUGCCCUUAUCUACGCCUCCAAGAAUCCACAGACCAACCAUCCACCCGCCUACGUUGCCGUCGCUCCAUCCAAGAAGGUCUAA